UCCUUGGGUCGGGAGCCCUCGAGAGGUGUGUCUGUGUCUGGCUCUUCGGGUGCGAGGGUUUGCGUGAGUGUGUGUAAGCGAGAGACUGAGAGACAGACGAGACACCGGGAGCGCGGGAGAGCCGGGGCGCGCGCGCUCUCCGACGUGAGCCGCGAGACAUCGAGGGCCAUAGUGAGAGCGAGGCUAAGGCUGAGAGCGAGGCUACCGGGAGCCCGGCUAGGGGAGGCCAGGGGCCAGCCCACCGCGCACGCGCACGCGUCCCCGCCGGCUUGUGCGUGAGUGUGUGUGUGUGUGUGUGUGUGUGUGUGUGUGUGCUGCCUCCUCGGGGAGUCGCUCGCUCGCGCGCGCGCGCGCGCGGGGGGCGGGGCCGCCGGGAGCCCGUGAGUCGCGACAGUCGCGCGGCCGGUGGCGGGGUGCGGUGCGGAGAGGCGUGUGUGAGGGCGCGAGAGGCGGCGGCCUGUCGCGCGUGGCCCGGAGCGGCGGAGGAGGCGAGGCGGGGCUGGCGGGCGGGCGGAUGGCGGAAGGGGCCCAGGCUCAGCCGCGGCCGCCGCAGCCGCCGCCCCCGCAGCCCCCCGCGCAGUCCGGCCCCUCGCGGGGCAUCAAGCGGGAGUCCGAGCUGGAGCCGCCGCCACCGCCGCCGCCGCCGCCGCCCCCACUGCCCGCGGGCCCUGGCCCUGCCGACCCGGGCCCGGGCAAGCGGCUGCGCACAGAUGAGGGCGCGGAGGGCGCGGGGGCACCGGCCCAGGCGCGGCCCAACGAGGGGGCGGCAGCGGUCGGGGCGGGAGCCGGAGCCGGAGCCGGAGGCGGUGCCUUGCAGAACGAGUCACUGACCCCAGGUUAUCAUGGAUUCCCAGCGAGGGACAACCAGGGUAACCAGGAGCCAACAGCCACUCCUGAUGCCAUGGUUCAGCCAUUUACCACCAUCCCAUUUCCACCACCUCCACAGAAUGGAAUUCCCACAGAGUAUGGGGUGCCACACACUCAGGACUACGCAGGCCAGACCAGUGAGCAUAACCUGACACUUUACGGAGGUACACAGACGCAUGGAGAACAGAGUACUAACACAGCCAGCACACAGAAUGGAGCUCUGACGACAGAAGGAGGGGCUCAGACAGACGGACAGCAAUCACAGACACAAAGUAGUGAGAAUACCGAGAGUAAAUCCACCCCUAAACGGUUGCAUGUCUCCAAUAUCCCCUUCCGAUUCCGUGACCCUGAUCUCCGACAGAUGUUUGGGCAGUUUGGCAAAAUCCUUGAUGUAGAAAUAAUCUUUAAUGAACGCGGCUCCAAGUCAUUUCUGCUCAAAUUGGCAAGAGUAUUUGGCUGCAGCCAAAUGUCAUCACUCCUGAAGGUGAUCAGAAAAGAAAAAGAAGGCCAGUUGGACUAUCAUCUGAGGACGUUUAGGGCCCUUCACUUGACUCACUCUUUCCAUGGUAACUAUACACAAAGCUGGCGAUGGUACAAGAUGGCGGUGAAUAAUGCAACAGCACGUGUAAUGACCAAUAAGAAGAUGGUCACACCAUAUGCAAAUGGUUGGAAGCUGAGCCCAGUGGUUGGAGCAGUCUAUGGCCCCGAGUUAUAUGCAGCAGCCUCCAGUUUUCAAGCAGACGUCUCACUAGGCAAUGAUGCAGCAGUGCCCCUGUCAGGAAGGGGGGGGAUCAACACUUACAUUCCACUCAUCAUUCCUGGCUUCCCUUACCCCACUGCAGCCACGACAGCAGCCGCAUUCAGAGGAGCCCACCUAAGGGGCCGAGGGCGGACGGUGUAUGGUGCAGUUAGAGCGGUACCUCCCACAGCCAUCCCUGCCUAUCCAGGUGUGGUUUACCAGGACGGAUUUUACGGUGCUGACCUCUAUAUAGACUCUGCAAACAGCUUCAGAUCGGACAGGGUGGAUAUGCAGCUUACAGAUAUGCACAGCCUGCUACAGCGACAGCAGCCACAGCCGCUGCCGCCGCCGCAGCCGCUUACAGCGACGGUUAUGGCAGGGUUUAUACAGCAGACCCCUACCAUGCCCUUGCCCCUGCCGCUAGCUACGGAGUUGGCGCUGUGGCGAGUUUAUACCGAGGUGGCUACAGCCGAUUUGCCCCCUACUGAAGUGACGUGACCCCCUGCAGAUGGGACAGCCCCCAUUCAUGAGGCCUGGCUAUUGCAAUAUUUACUCCUAGAGGAACUCUAUAGCAAGAUGAAGAGGAAAAACAAAAAAAACAAAAACACAAAAACAAAAACACAAAAAAAGAGAAAAUACUUUUUUAUACCUCACUAUGUUCUUUGAAUAUGUAUUUUUCCUUUAAAUUUCUGCCUUUAACUCUUUUGUUCCAAAGAUUGUGCAUUUUUCUUUUUUUUUUUAACUGUGGUAAAAAAAAAAAACAAUGCAUUUCCAUGUCUGUAUGUCCGUGCGUAGCUUAUUCUGCCAAUUACGGAAGAGGCAGUUUAUGAGGAAGGAAAGACUUUAGAAAGUGAUCCAUUCAGUGAAUCAGAAAUGAACAGGUAGAAAUACCAAAUGAGUCUAGUGCAGAGAGCAGUCAUGGGACUGACCAACGGGGGAAAAGAGGGUCUUUUCACUCUUUUCCCCAACUCUUAGCCUUUUGUGUUUCUGGUCUUUGGUAGGCAUCCUGAUUGACUGUGGUAGAAUCCCCAAGCUAACGGGGGCAAGGAUUUGCACUUGCAUGGCAGGAAAGUAACAGAGAUGCUUUCCUCUCUCCUCUUCCCUUCUCCUGUUUCUCCAUUCACUGUUAAUAACCAUCCAAUGAUCACCAUAACCAUUAUUGAUCAUGCACAGCUGAGGCAGAUUGGCACUACAAUUGCAAUUGUAGUAGGAAGAUUACCCAACCUGUCCUAGAAUGUGGGUAAUUAAAAAAACAAAAACCUUCAAUAGGACACAUCUUAGAAUGAACUCUGGAGUGUGGAAAGUGUUCUUUUUUCUUUCAUGUAAUCCUAGCAGCAUUGCUGGGCUUCUUUAUAACUUUCUACUUUUGCUUUCAGCUCCUCCAUCUGCUUCUCUUAAAACCCUUGCUACCAUAUCCACAAAUUCCAGGGAUUUAGGGCCUAGGGAUAAAGGUCUAAAUGUUGGCUUCUGUGUAUUUAGAUACAGGAAUAUGAGUAUUAGACUUCUAAAUUAAGGACUGCCUUCAAAAAGGGGCUGGAGGGGCAAACACUAUAAAGAAAGGAUGAUUAGGAUGCACUGAUCGAUGAUGAGACUCAUUCAGAAAUCAUCCCACCCCCUCCACCCUCACCACCACCUCUAGUUAGGAUGAGUCAAUUAAGUCAGUAAAAUAAUUUGUUGGAAAAGAUGAAGCACAAGAUGUCAUGGUCAACAAAACUCUCUGGAGCCAUCUUUGGUAACUCUGGCCUAUAGCAGGCAGGCCAGGCCACUUUGUAUAAGUUCUAAAGCCAUAGGAAUUUCCAUCUUCCAGAGCCUUUAUGAGUGAGUCACUUUGGAAUCCACAGUCUCAAGUCUUGGUGGUCAUUCCACCCAGCCUUUCAGUAUCCCCCAAAGACACAGAACUGAGCACCUGGGCCUGCUUGGUGUGCAUGAAUUAGCACUAGGGGAUGUUGAAUUGAGAGCCCCUUUGAGUGUUGGAAGAAGGGUUUUCAAAGAGCAAGGAUCUUGCAUGUUGCCAGGAAGAGAAGGCCAAUGACCAUUGGCAGUGAGUUGCUCCUGAUCUCUGGUCCCAAUUGGAUGAAUUAUAACAGUCAGGUGAGAAAUAGUUUCCCUUCUAACUGUUAAUUUGAACCAGUCAAGUGCCCUGUAGCAUUCUCAAAUCUCUUAAGGCAUUAGUGAAAUAGGGAAAAUCAUGGUCUGUCUGAUGACUCCCAGGCCUUUCUCCAUUGGUACUAGGGUGAUUUUUCACUCAAAAGGAAGGCUACUUUAAGGGGAUGAUUCAGAGCUGGAGUUCUUUUGGUUUGUAUUUUGACUUCUGCUGCUGCAUAGGCUCCUCUUGGCUAUUAACUAACCAUGUCCCUGAAGUCAGAUGUGGCUGCUGUGGAGUCAGGCACCUCGGUAAGCAGUUAUUAUCUUGGUGACCCUUGAAGGGCUGUCCAGAGCACAACAUAGUCCUUGGUUCUCCUUCAAACUCUUCUCCCUCCUCCUGGGCAGUGCUUGGAACAGGGAAGUUGUCAGAGUAUGGGAGAGACCCCAUAGGGCUAUUCCUAAUUCUCUGCAGGAAUAAGUAGAACCAGGGGAUACCAAACUACUAGUCCAUUGGCCACUUUCUUUUUUUUUUGGUUUGUUUGUUGUUGGGGUUUUUUGUUUUGUUUUUUCCCAAGCCAAAGUUUGGUUUGCUCUUAAGACAAUUUUUGUUGUGUAUAUAAAUAUUUUAGUUAGUCUAAAAAUUGGGAGGGGUGGUCAUUCAAUGACUUUUACAAAUUAGAAAAAAGGGAGAAAUGGGUUGGGUUUUUUUUAUUACUUAUGACUUUUUUUUUAAGGGGAGCAUUUAUGAAAGCAAAUGUCUGAGAGCAACCUAAUGUCAUGUUUAAUCCAACAUCUUUUCUACAAAAUGCCCUCUGGAGCUAAGACUAGGCCAAGACCCCAAAUAUUGCAGCAGCAAUAGAAGCCUGAAAGGGCAUGGUAUAAAGAUGCUUCUCCCCUACUUCUCAUUCCUGGAAAGAGAAAGGGAGUGAUUAGAAAAGCAGAGAACCCAGUUCCCAGGGACAGCAGUUUGAGCCAAGGUUCUCCUUUAUGCCUUUCAGUUCAGCUGGUUCUGGCUGUAGGCUCCCAAAGGCCUGGCUCAGUCUCCUCCAGUAGGUGGCCCUUCCUAGUAAAGACUUCAUGGAGUUCAGCUCCUUCACUGGCCUGACUUUUUGUUCUGGUUGAGGCUGAGGAUGAGGCAAUGCCUCCCCCUUUUUCUCCUCCCCUGAAAGAAACAAGGGUCUAUUUUGACCCUGGGGUCUCUAGAGGUAGGCUCCUUCAAGCACUUAUGGUGGGUCCUCCCUCUCUCCUCACUUGAUUUUUUUUUUUUAAAGAGCCAAGUCAGAGAAGGGUGAAGAUUUGACUCCUUGCUCAGCUUGUUUAAAGGAAGCAGUUGAUAAUCCCCAGACCCUUCCUUGCAGAAUCACUCUGAAUCAGUGAGUGGCAGCCUCACUCCAUAGCUCUUGGUCCAAACUUUGUAAAUUAAAGCUCCCCUCCUGUUUCCUCUGACAGCUUGGGGUCACUUCAGUGAAACCCAUGACAGAUGCCAUGAGACCUUUGCCCAUCCCUCCCUGCUCUGGGUCCUUCCUGGACUCCCUGUGGGACACAGGACCAUUCAGAUUCACCUAGGUUUAGCCAUGUGGGAUCUGGCCUUCUUAAAGUUUGUUGUAGUUGCAGAAUACAAAAGGAAACCUUGUUCUGCCCAGCAACAAGGACUAGACCUAUUGAGCCAACCUUCUUUGGGGGUUUGAUUCUUGAAACAGGUAGCCCUAUCGGAGAUCUCCUGGUCAGGUUAUUGUUGGAGACUUUGUCCUUGGGCUUCUUCCCUCAGGGUCUAUGCUGAGUCAGAGGAAGUGAAUGAGUCAAAGUUCAUUAAAGACAUCCUAUUAUUCGUUAUAUUAAGCAGCCUCUGAAAGCCAGGAGCGUACACAUGGGGCUUGGAACAUGCAACUCGAAAGAAUAUGCAAAUAGGGAAUAAUAAAUUCCCCUUCUCUCUGCCCAGAGUAGAGACCAGCUGGACAGUCUGGUGGGGAGUGCUAGGGAUCCAGAAAGGGAGGGGGCAGGGGGAGGAAAGACGUCUACAGAGCCCUCCCCUUUUGCCCAGCCCAGCUCUGCAGAGGGAGAGCUGGGUCACUUGCUGCUUUUGGCAGCCCUCUAGCACAGAGCCCUUUGAAGGACAGGGUUUCUCCCUGGAUGCUGGAGGAAAAGAAGUUGGGGGGAGGGGCGGGGGCGGGUAGUGGUGGUUUUAAAGCGUAUGUUACCUGUUUGCACUGUUUUAAAUAUAGGAAAAAAAAUAGUGGACAAGGUAAACGUCAAAUGUAAACUUCUGUGUGUCUUUAUUUUUCUGUCAUGCUCUUGAAAAUGUUGACCAUUUGUAGUAUACACCAGUGAAAUUUGAUUCUCUAUUGCAUAAAACACUAUUUUUUGGCUCUGUUACUGUCCAAAAGCCCCUCCUCAUUCCCCCCUCCCCCCUUCCUUGUGAGUGCCCUCCUGGGGAAAUUGUUCCAUAGUAGCCAUCGCUUGUCAAGACUAGGAGCAGUCUUGACUGCUGGGGAAUGAAACAGGGCCCUUCCCGGGUUGGCUCUGGCAUCCUCUGGGCCAGGGUUUGCCCUCAAGUUUGCCAAAGGCAGAGUCUCGUCCUGGAGACCCCUUUUUUGGGUUCUGUUGGGGGAGAGGGGAUCACACACCGGACUGCAGCAAGCUGUUCACUUCUCGGGUCCAGGGCACUAGGAAUGGGGUGGGGGAUAUUCCCCAAGGGGUGUCAUUGGCUUUCAAGGUUGAGUUCUCCUCCACGUUACCACAACUGUAACCAGUUAAAGUUUACUCAGGAAAACGGUCGAUCAAUUCAGCCAUGGUAGUGCUGGUUGGCAGGGAUUUGGUAACUCAUGGAGAACUCGCCCACCAGCCAACAACCCAAACCUUGCUUUGAAGGAAACUGCCAGCCUUGGGAAGUGGCUGGGCAGCUGGGAGAAGAAUGCUAGUGCUGUAAGGGUUAAUCUGAGACUGGCUUGGAAAGAAAGGAAGGGGCCUCCUUUCUCUUCCCUCCCCUUUAGUAUGCCAGGAGGGGGGUUGUGUCGGGGAUUUGGAGAGAUUGUUAAUUUUUUUCUUUCCCAUUUGGUUCCUGAGGGCCCAAUAUGCUUUGGGGUAUAUCAGACCCCCCUCAAGACUCCUAGCUUCAGUCUUUCUCUUGGUUUUUUUUUUAAUUUUUAUUUUUUCGAUUCACAGUAUUUGUGUGUAUGUGUGUGUGUGUGUGCGUGCGUGCAUGCGCAUGCACGCGUGUGCGCAUGUGUGUGUUUUGGCAGCUUAGUUUGGCUGUAUUAAAUAUUGAGUGAUAAAUUAAUCCUUUUUCUCUUUAAGGGAUAUGAGUUUGGGGGUUUUUUGUUUGUUCUUGAUCACUCUUUCCUAUGUUAUAAUUCUGCUUGUGAAUAGCUAGAGCAAAACCUGGGGCUGAUGGCAUGCGUAAGCUAGGGCUGCAGAGUGACAACAACUAGUGUAUAGACUUCACUUGCACCCCACAGGCUGGCCUACCUGAGACUGGGCUUUUCAGUUCAAAUCAUUGCAAAACGAAAAAUGCCACAGAAUUCCCCCCUCCCCCUUCCCUCUCCCUCAUUAUCCCUCCAUGGCAGUGACUGAAUCACCCCUCUGUGCAGUUUCUCCUGCCCCUUCCCAUUGCUAUGGCAAAACAGAUACCUUUGGGGCAUAGGGUGCAUCAAACGGGAUGCUUGUAUAAUUGACCACCUAGCCUUCCCUCCCUCCUUCCUCCUUUCCUUCCUAUCUUCCUUUUCCCCCUUUGCCUGCCCCCCCUCCACCCCAUCACUUCCUAGGACACCUGAGCUGCUUGCCCAGGGUCCAGUUUCCCUGCUAACCCCAGAGAAGCAUCCCAGGGCUUUGUGACAGUCUCUAAUUCCCUCCCCCUCUUGUUAAGUAUCAUAAUGUAUAGUAGCUUUCAGACCAUACAGUAUUCAUUGGGUUACUCCUAUUAUUAUCAAGUAGCUGGAAUUGUGAAGGUCGGAGUAGUUAGAUCUUUAGCUUUUAUUCCUUAUUUUUUUUGUAUUACUAUCCAUGUGUAUAAAUUAUUGAUCAUGUUGCUGGCUUUUAUAAACUCUAAGCAAGGGAGGGGCACUGCCUUGGCCUUUGCAGAUGGUCAUGAAGCACUGUUUUUAAAUAAAAGAGAGAAACCCCAA